UGCCGCAGUAUCAGAGAAACAUCGAUUUAGUACCAGCUCUAGCUUCUUGAGCCAAAAAAUUGUUGUAUUCGAGUGAAAAUGUGUGCGUGUUAAUGAUGAAUUUCUUGAGCGGCUACUCGAUUGCGUGCCGUUGAUCGGAUAAAGAUCAACACACUGUUUAUUUAAUAUUAGCGAAUCAAGUGCAAUAUAAGAUUAGUGGCCGUAUGUCGAGUGCAAGCGGGAGUGAGACGGCGACAAAAAAGACUCACACUGACGCACACUAACACACGGGCGCGCGCGCUUGUGCGUCUGUGUGAGUGUGUGUGAGGUUGGGCUGUGUGUAUAAGUGCAAGAGCGAGGGAGAAACUGCAAAGACUCAAGUGAAAAACUCAAAACAAACUCAAAUGUCGGCGCAAGGCGAUGGGGGCGGGGCAGGGGGUGGAGGAGGUGGCGGGGCUGGCUCCGAAGGAGCCGGAAAUCCCGGACAAAGUUCCACGGCGAACGCCACUGUGGUUGUCACAAAUGGGGGCAGUGCGUGCAAAAAUCAGUUGCCCCUCACCCCGCGUUUCACCGCCGAGGAGAAGGAUGUCCUGUACGGCCUGUUCCAUUUGCACGAGGAGGUCAUCGACAUUAAGCACCGGAAGAAGCAGCGCAACAAGUACUCCGUCCGGGAAACAUGGGACAAGAUCGUCAAGGACUUCAACUCGCAUCCGAAUGUGAGCGCCAUGAGAAACAUCAAGCAGAUCCAGAAGUUUUGGCUCAACUCCAGACUUCGCAAGCAGUACCCGUACAGGGACGGUAGCUCCUCCAAUCUCAGCUCUGGCAGCGCCAAGAUCAGCUCCGUGUCCGUGUCCGUUGCAUCGGCGCAGGUGCCCCAACAGCAACAGCAGCAGCAACAGCAGCAGCACCACCAGCCACACGAUGGCGUCAAGGUGGAGCCGGAGUACCAAAUCAGUCCCGAUGCUUCCGAGCACAAUCCCCAGGCGGACACCUUCGACGAGAUCGAGAUGGAUGCCAACGAUGUGAGCGAGAUCGACGAGGAUCCCAUAGAGCAGCAGCAGCAGCAGCAACAGGAGGCCCAGGCUCAGGCGCAAGCCCAAGCCCAGGUGCAAUCCGCCGCAGCCGAAAUCCAGAAGAUGCAACAAGUGAACGCAGCAGUGGCGGUUGCAGCGGCGAACGCCACCAUGAUCAACACCCACCAAAUCAACGUGGAUCAGAUCAGCACCGAGAAACUGAACCUGACCGAUCUGCUGCACUUUAAGACGACGCGACCCCGCGAGGAGAUCAUACUGCAGAUCAAGCAUCCAGCAGAGGCUACUGCCACCCAGAUACACACCAUACCCUCCCAGGCGCAGCAGCAUCCGAUGGCCACCAUCACCGCCGGCGGCUACAACCAGCAGAUCAUCAGCGAGAUCAAGCCGCAGCAGAUCACCUUGGCGCAGUAUCAGGCGCAGCAGCAGCAGGCCCAAGCGCACGCCCAGGCGCAGGCUCAAGCUCAGGCGCAGGCCCAAGCUCAAGCCCAGGCUCAGGCGCAGGCGCAGGCCCAGCAGCUGGCCCAGCAGCAGUUGGUGGCCGCUCAGCAGCAGCAGCUGGCCGCCGCCGUCCAAGUGCAUCACCAGCAGCAACAACAACACCAGGCUGCCGUUGCCGUCCAGCAGCAACAACAGGCAGCGGCGGCGGCCGUCAAGAUGCAGCUGACGGCCGCCACGCCCACGUUCACAUUUAGCGCGCUGCCGACGGUGACGGCGGCCACGACGGUGCCCACGGCGGUUCCAGUGCCCGUGGCCACAGCCUCAUCGGCUUCUGGGAACUCGGGAGCGGUCAACACCUCGACGGCCUCUUCCGUGAGCAACAACAACACCAGUUUGGGCGGAGGCGGAGGCAACGGAGCCAACAGUUCGUCCUCGGCCGCAGCGGACAGUUUCGAGGAGCGAAUGAACUACUUUAAGAUCCGAGAGGCCGAGCUGCGCGUCAAGGAGCAGCAGCUGUCCACGGAGGCCAAGCGAAUUGAGCUGAAUAAGGCGCAGGAUGAGCUCAAGUACAUGCGGGAGGUGCAUCGACUGCGCGUCGAGGAGCUCAAGAUGAAGAUACGCAUUCUGCAGAAGGAGGAGGAGCAGCUGCGCAAGAUCUCCAAUUCAUGAGAUCUGGAGGACAUCAGCGAUGCCGACGAGGGCGAGGGCGAGGAAAACGCGGACGACGCCUACUUGGAUCGCUUCACCCCGGGGGACUUUUAGUUCUAUAGUCUUAGGUCCACAAACUACCAUCUACAGCUAACCUGAAUCCACAAUCCUGAAUCCAAAUCCGAAUCCCACAUCCCCAUUUCCAAGCUUCAACUUUCCACACACACACACACACACCAAUUAAAAUUUUUUUAGGUUAUUUUUUUUUCUAGUUGUCGCGGGGCGGGGGACACCGGUGGGACUUUAGUCCACCGCUGGCCAGAAUUACCGACUAAGCCAUCACUAAUUGUAAAUCGCAAUCAAUCAAUUAUACAGACACACGAACACACAGCAAAAUACAGUGGGCGUGGCCAGCUAAUCCACGAGGAAAACUUUA